AUGCAGAUAAACAUAGAACAAGGACUUAAUUACGAGUUAGUCGAUAAAUUAUUAACAAUUGGACAUAUUGUUCAAUUACAUAAUAUAGAAGAUAGACAUCAUUCAUGUCAAGUACAAGCUGUUAGAAAAUUCGAAGACGGAACUAUUCAUGCUGUGAGUGAUUUCAGAAAGAAUGGAAUCGCUGCCGGAUAUUAA